AGUAAAUUCUACUCACUAUCCGUUACAAUUACAACUUUCCUUUUCUUUCCUUUCAAACUUUCAAAUUUAAAAAAUCAACACGACGCUCCACUUUAUUAAAUCAAACAACCUCCCUUUCGAAAUUCGUGAAAUCCAAAUCGCUGUUUGGUGUUUUUUUUUGUUUCGUUUUCCUCUAACACUGUCUUCACACAGCAAAUAGAGUCCGAAGAUCCUCAGACAACAUUUCUUGAAAACCAGCAAAUAUUCAUCAGUCUUUGUUUUUAUUUUAAGGAAGAAAAAAAAUUAUUUUUUGGGAACUUUAUGUACAGAUGGGAGCUUCGGGGAAAUGGAUUAAGACGCUGAUCAGUCUCAAAAAGCCCUCCUCUGUCAAUGAACCUGAAAAAUUGGGCGGCAAGAGCAGAAAAUGGAGGCUAUGGAGGAGUGCUUCUGGAGGGAUUACAACCACGAAAGGUGGCAAAAGUGGCGGAGAUGAAACUGAGGGGUCGGAGGGUUCUGCUUACUUUUAUGAUGCUGAGAUGGCGGCAGCCGUGGCAGCCUUGGCAAAAGCUUCACCAAAGGAUUUCAUGGUUGUCCGCCGAGAAUGGGCUGCCGUCCGAAUUCAGACCGUGUUUCGUGCUUUCUUGGCUAGAAGGGCGUUGAGGGCCUUGAAAGCUUUGGUAAGGCUGCAAGCCAUAGUCCGUGGGCGUCUCGUGAGGAAACAAGCAGCCGUGACAUUAAGGUGCAUGCAGGCCCUUGUUCGGGCUCAAGCCCGUGUUCGGGCCCAAUGCAGCCAAUCAUCUGCAGGAGGGGACUUCGAAAGUCUAAAUCAAGUCGACCCUGUUAAGAAAGCUGAGAGUGGAUGGUGUGAUAGCCGUGGCACGGUGGAGCAAGUAAUGUCCAAGUUACAGUUGAAGCAAAAUGGAGCUCUCAAGAGAGAGAGAGCCAUUGCCUAUGCCCUUGCCCAACAAUUACGAAAAACCCCGAUUUCAUGCUCGAGACGUAACAUGAUGGGGACCCCAAACAGAAUGGACAAGAACAUAAUCGGAGGCCUCAACUGGCUCGAACGUUGGAUGGCAGCCAAGCCAUGGGAGUCGAGGCUGAUGGGAGAAUUCCAAUCAGACUCAUUCCAAACAAAACAUGAAAAACCGCGCUAUACAAAAAACGGGUCUUUCUCAAAAGUUCCGAUGAGCUGCCAGCUAAUCCGCUCGUCAUCCGACCCAUCGAACGAGUCGGGUUACGACGAAAGCUCGACUUCGAAUUCGUCGACCACGACUUCUGAAACUCCAACGAAGCCGAGCUAUAUGAAGUCGACUAGAUCGAUUAAGGCCAAGCAAAAGAGUGCUGUUGCUUCUUGUAAUUUGUCGGGCAAUCGUUCGGUUUUGGGGAGGUCGAUGGAGGAUUUGCCGCUCAAUUGUAGAAAACCGAGCCCGCUUUCACAAAAAGGGAAUAAUGGCUUUGGUGCGAGGAGGAGCACGGAUGUUGAUCUCUAUUGUGUCGACUUGUGUAGGGAUUUGUACCCGACUACGAAUGCGGGUCACUUUUAUCACAAGUAAUGGUGCCAAUUGCAUUUUGAUUUGGAUGAUUUUUAUGUAGUUUUUUUUGUGUUCAACAGCUUGUUGUUCCUAGUUGUGUUCUACUUAUACUUUUGUGUUGAGUUUAGUUGGGAUUUCAUCACAUUUGCUUCUUCUUGGUUUUUGUUUUGUUGUUAUAUGUUGUUGGCUUUGAGAGUAUAGGGAAACGGAUAGAAGGAGAAUUGGGAUAAGUGUGCAUUUGUUUUGAAUGCUAAUUGUGUUAAUUGUGGCGUGAGUUUGGCUUGUUUGUGAACUUUUACAAUUCGUAGUUUGCUGUUUCUCAGGAGAACUGGGCGAACGUUAAUGUUUUGUUCCGAAA